AUGGAGGGAUACAAACCUGUUCUUGUGCCUUCCCAGGAAGAGGAGCUCUAUGCGUGCCAGCGAGGCUGCAGGCUGUUUUCCAUUUGCCAGUUUGUGGAUGAUGGCAUUGAUUUAAAUCGAACCAAAAUGGAAUGUGACUCAGCCUGUACUGAAGCAUACUCCCAAUCUGAUGAACAAUAUGCUUGCCAUCUUGGAUGCCAGAACCAAUUGCCAUUUGCAGAAUUGAGGCAAGAGCAAUUAAUGUCCCUGAUGCCAAGAAUUCAUCUCCUCUUUCCUCUGACACUGGUGAGAUCAUUCUGGAGUGACAUGAUGGAUUCAGCUCAGAGCUUCAUAACAUCCUCAUGGACUUUCUACCUUCAAGCAGAUGAUGGCAAAAUUGUCAUAUUCCAGUCAAAGCCAGAAGUACAGUAUGUUCCACAGCUUGACCAGGAAACUGGAGAUACAAGAGGAUCCUUGCCACUGAGUAAAACAGCUUCAGACCUACGUCCAGGGAGCUCACAGACGUACCGAGGGCUUUUUGAAGAGCGAACAAAUGACAGCUUUUUCAAGUGUCUCUCCAUAAAUUCCAGUUGGAUUUUAACCACUACUCUCGUCCUGUCAGUGUUGGUGCUGCUCUGGAUUUGUUGUGCAACUGUAGCUACAGCUGUAGAGCAAUAUGUUCCAUCUGAGAAGCUGAGCAUCUAUGGAGAUCUGGAAUACAUGAAUGAACAAAAACUGAACAGAUACCCAUCCUCUGCACUUGUUGUGGUUAGAUGCAAGACUGAGGAACAUGAAGAAGCAGGACCUCUUCCUACAAAAGUCAAUCUGGCUCAAUCAGCAAUUUAAAUAAGCCUCCAUUGGAUCUAAUAGACUAAUUCUAACAGAGCUAGCAACUCCUGAUUGUUUGUGGUGGUUCUUCAGAUAAGAAGCUUAGCAGCCAAUCUUUAAAUGCAAAUAAAGUUACAGAAUCAACA